AUGAGUAAGCCACAGCAACCACCAUUCCCCAAUAAAUACAAUGCACGUCUUGUAGCACAAACAGAUGCUAAACCAUGCACCAUAUGUUUCAAGCCAGCAACCACAGUACUACUCGCUGAAAACAAUCUCGACUUUUUCUACACUUGUGUCCAACAUUUGCUAGAUGCUCAAUUUGCCUCACCUAUACCACUGGAGGAGUACACUGAGUUAAAAAAGACGGUGGAUAACUUGACUCAAAAGGUGGAUACAUUGAAGAAAGAAGUUGAUGCUGCAAAACCAUACUUAUGGGGUAUUAGCACCUACUGGUCAAAGGACAAACCCACUGAAACGAGCAAGUUGUCCGAUAAGGAUAAGAGUAAAAGUAAUGGCACUGAAUCAGAGAACAAUAAACAAAAAGAGGGUGAAAAAGGAGGAGGCACAAGUGGCCACAAGUACGAGACAUUAAAGAAACAAUUGAACACCACGGAAACGGAAUUGAAUAAUAAACAAGAUGAAUUGAAAAAUUUCAAAUUCAAGAAAUAUACCCUAAAUCAACAAGUUUACAGAAAUAGAUUAAUGCUGCAUCAAAAGAAAAAGUAUAAUAAGGAACGAAGUGAAAAGAUUCAACAAGCAGGAUUUUUCCCAUCAGCACCAAAUCAUAGCAUAUCUUAA